AUGUCGAGCACAGAAACGAUAAGUAAUUCAUAUCCCGCGGAAAGCGAUAACACUAUUGACGAUAACAUACAAAAGUGCAACAGGAAGAGGUCAGCGACAGGCUUCGAUCCGUCAAGAACCCUCAAUACCACUUACGAUGAAGAAGGUGGGUUCACCGAGAUUAAGAAGAAACGUCCACGGAAAGCGACCCUAGGGAAUGACAGAAGGAUACUCUCAGUAGAAGGAACGACUGUCAUCUUCGCACCUAUUCAACGGGAUGCGCAACUAGCGAAGAUGAACCACUUGAAGUUGUCCGAGUAUCUUACCUCAGAACUUCCUGGAAGAAUAAAAGAAAUUCGUCUAAACCCAUCAAAGAACAUCAUAGCAGUUGAGGUCGUCAAUCCAACUGCAAAUAUUAGCUUGCUGAAACUGACGAGCAUAUGCACAAUACCUGUACGUGCCAACGCACCACGCCCCCAAAACUCUCCUUUUAGGGUUCUGAAAGAUAUCGACAUCUCUCUCAAUGAUGCCCAAAUUUUAAAAUUCACCAAAAGUGACACCCCGGUCCUUGCAGCACGCCUUAUCAAAAGAGGCGCCGGAGCUGUAAGGAUUACUUGUCUUGGCGACAACCCUCCGCAGCAAAUCACCUUCCAGCUGGUCAGCAUGCAUGUUGAUCACUACCAGCCACGAGCGCUACAGUGUGAUAAAUGUUACCGCCAUGGACAUAUCGCGACGUGCUCCAGCAACAGACAACUCUGUGCCAAUUGCGGCACCAACCACGAAGAUGAGGAAUGGAGGACUAAGGAACCCAUUUGUGUAAACUCCGGAGGGAACCACCCUGCAACUGCGAAAGAAUGUCCUAAGCUCAGGAUACAGCGGAGCAUCGCAAGGUAG